GCCGGCGGCGGUCACAAUGCUCUUGUCGCCGACCCAUUGCCCACGGCGGAGCAACAACAGCAACAGCAGAAUGGCAGAGACAGCGGCGGUGAUAGACAGUAGGGCGUUGUGCGGCGAUGAUAGACAGCGUCGGUCACGCGGAAGUUCAACCAACAGCGCUGCUGUUCGUCUGCCGUGAUGAUUGAGCUGCUGUUCGUCUGACCGGAGGUUGUUCGGUUGAUGGUGAUGAUGGUUUCUUUAUCCCUAUCUUUACACUAAACAUUCAAAUUACUCACAGCUGAACAGCAUGUAUUUAAGAUGGAACAAGAAGAAUAUGAAAAGGAAGAGAUUAACUGGAGCUACAUUGAGUUUGUUGAUAACCAAGAUGUGCAGGAUCUCAUUGGGAAGAAACCUGGAGUUGCACUCUUAGAUGAAGCUUGCAUGUUCCCCAAAUCAACUCAUGAAACAUUUUCUCAAAAACUGUACCAGACAUUUGGGAAAAACAAACGCUUCAUCAAACCCAAACUUUCUCGUACUAGUUUUACAAUAUCACACUAUGUAGGGGAGGUGACUUAUCAAGUAGAUCUAUUUUUGGAGAAGAACAAAGACUAUGUGGUUGCAGAGCAUCAGGAGCUGUUAACAGCUUCAAAGUGCUCAUUUGUGGCUGGUUUAUUUCCACCACUUCCUGAAGAAGCAUCAAAGUCGUCCAAGUUUUCUUCUAUUGGAACAAUAUUCAAGUUUCAACAAGUUGAUUAUGACAAAGAGGUAUGA